AUGAACAGGCCACCACCUAUUCAAGUAAAACAUCUCCAGAACGAUGGAAUUGUAGCAACCGCUUCACAGAAACUCUGUCUAUUUAAAAUAUUUCAAUUAAUUUUCAACGAUAUUGUUGUUACUCUACCAAGUUUUAUCGUUUAUAAACAAUUACGUGAAAUACUCGAUCUUGUUUUAUCCUUGUCAUUCAGAAGAAAAUGCCCACCAUUACGACAAUGGUGUAUUCGUUAUGAAGCACAACAUGCUUAUUUCAAAAAGAUCACAAUUAAAUCGAAUAAUUUUAAAAAUGUACCAAAAAUGUUAGCUACACGAUAUAGUUUGAAACAAAUAUAUAAAUUAUCUCGAUUACCUCAUUUAAGAAUGUCAAAUUAUGCAGUACGAAUUCAAAAGAUUGAGAUUUCAGCUUUUAACAAACAGAUGAAAGAGUUGCUGUUGAACCAUUUUGGUGAUAUUAAUUUGAAUAAAGAUAUUGUUCAAUGCAGUAAAUUAUGCUAUGACAAUAUUGAGUAUUGCCGAUUUACAGUACAUAUAAUUGGUUUGUUGAAUAUUAAUGAACAACCAAUAUUUGGUCAAAUAAUUCGUAUACUUAAAGCAAACGAGAAAUAG